GAGAGAGAGAGAGAUCAGAGAGAGAGAGAGAUGUUAUCAUUUCUGUUCUCAGAGCUUUGUUAAAAGCCUUGGGAUCGAAGGCAGGGAUAUCAAUCAUGGCGUAGGGGAACUAUAAUCAUCUCCCUGUAAUUGCAGAGAGUGUGAAAAGCAUAGCUCAGAGAGAGAGAGAGAGUGGCAGAAAAUAAUAAAAGUAUUGAAAAACAAUUGAGAGAGAGAGAGAGAGAGAUGGGGGGGAGAGGGCGGAGCUGAAGUGAUAAAUUGAAUCUUAUACUAUGAAGGUGCAAAAAGUUUGACUGGAAAGGAUUAAAAAUAAUAGUGAUAAAGUUAGAGGGAGAAAGGGAUGGAUUGAGAGAGGGGGGAAGACUGAAGAAGAAGGAUUGUUAAAGCACUCUUUCUUUCAUUUCAAGGCUGCUUUGAGAAGAGGCUUUGAAAGAAGAGUAAAGAGCAAACUAUGAAAAGUGGCUAAAAGCAAAGAAGGUAUGUGGGUGUCACCUGAACUGUUUCUUUGAAGAGAGAGAGAGAGAGAGAGGGAGAGAGAUUCCUCCUUCGAGCUUUGCUGCUAGUUAAUUCUAAUUACUCAUCUUGGGAUUUUCAAGCCCCCUUUUAAUAAAAAUAUAAUCAUAUAUCCCCUCAUUAUGGAAUCUGCAAAUCUCCAUCACCUACAUCAUCAGCUCCAAGAUCAUGAGCUUGUUGGGUCUUCUCCUUUAGUUACCUCUUCUUGCUAUGGAGUUGGAAGCAUUCACUCUUGGACUUCUCCGAACGCCAUUCUGCAGAAUACUAGUAACUUCAGUCCCCAUAGUAAUGGAGUAAUGAUAAACUCAAGGGAUUCAAGACAGCAAAAUGACAUUCUAGUCCCUUCACUCAACACUGCUUCCAUGAUUCAAGACUUGGGUUUUCAGUGGGUUAGUGGUAAUAAUGCCCAUGUUAAGGGGGCAGAUUCCUAUCAUAGAUUCACUGAGAUGAUCCAAAGCUCGCCACCAAGCAUAGAAGAUUUCCAGUUGCAACCCACAAGUUACAUAAAGAACGAGCAGCAGAGAGAUUUGAAUGAUCUAAGGGAGAAGCUCUUGCUCAGAAGCUUCUCCUCCGGCUGCCAAAUCAAUGGGCUUCAAGUUGCCCCGGCAGCAGCCGCGGGGCUCUUCUCCGGCGGCGGCCAGAACAGUACUUCUAGUUUAGGGAACUUCAGCCAGAUACUUCCCACCAUAAAUAUCUCGAACUUGAAUCAAUCGUGUUCCGGAAUUUCAAGUUCACUGGAGAUGAACAUGCAGGCUUUGGAUCUCUUUUCUUCCGGGAGAUUUUCUGGGUGUCUAAGCCAGCAGGCUUCCAAUGAUAAUCUUGGCCUCUACAAGGACUGCCUUUCUUAUGGUCUUGAUCACACGCAUCAAACAAGUCACAGGCCCUCCAAUAGCCUUAGCAAAACUUCACCCUUCAGUGCUAGUGGAGCUACAGAAGCAAAGAGACCCAGCAGCUCUUUAGAUCAGCCAAAGUUGCCUCAAUCAGCUCAAAAGAAGCCACGCUCUUCCUGCCCUCCCUUCAAGGUUAGAAAAGAGAAACUGGGAGAUAGAAUUGCAGCUCUUCAGCAGCUAGUUGCUCCUUUUGGCAAGACAGACACUGCAUCGGUGCUGAUGGAAGCUAUUGGGUACAUCAAAUUCCUUCAAAACCAGGUCGAGACCCUGAGCGUUCCUUACAUGAAGUCCUUGCGCAGCAAAGCCAGUAAACCAAUCCGAGGGGGCUCUGGAGAGGGUGGGCACGAGGAGCCAAAGCGCGACCUCAGAAGCCGGGGCCUAUGCCUGGUGCCAUUGUCAUGCUUGUCAUAUGUUACCGACGGAGGGGGGGGAGUUUGGCCGCCCCCUAGCUUCAGCUCGGCCACUUGAAUCCAUGGUCAAAUACACAGAUUCUAUGGGAAAACAAGCCACAACAAAAGACAGUGGUGAUCAUCUCUUAUCAGUCUUCAUGGCUAGAAACCUUAAUUGGGCAUUCAUAUCUCUAUCCUUUUGCUUAAUUUGGUGGAGCAAAUUUGGUCAUCCUGUAUGAACAAGAAGAUCCCAGGAUGGACCAAGUUUGAUCCACUGAUAAUUAACGUGUUCGCGGGGACCAUCUUUGGCAUUGUUUACAUCAUUGCCCUCUGCUCACAGUUAAUUAAUUCUCUAGACAAUUUCUAUU